CGAGUUCACAGAAGUCACAUCAUUCCUUCGGGAAAGUGUGGACGAAUACGACCUGGAAAUGRUUGCAUUYGAACAUGGGGUUGGGUUCGCAUCAGGCUUGAAUAUUCUGGUAGAAAACAAUUAUUUUCAAGGGACGAAAGAGGCAAGACCAAUGGCAUUUGUUCUCGGAACCCGUGAAUCAGACCCAAAUGCCGUCGGCCAAGAUAGCUUUUGCCCUUCCUCCCAUUGGAUGCCUCCAUUCAUGAGGGUCAACCCUGUAUUGCGGUGGAAUUAUGGUCUUGUUUGGCACUUUUUGAGACUUUUUAAACUUCCUUACUGCUCUCUCUACGACCAGGGCUACACGAGUUUGGGAACGACAAAGGAUACGUACCCAUGCCCUGCGCUUGCAGUAAAUCGGGGGGAGACAAAUGAUAAAAUCAAUGAYCAUGAUGGCGAAGGUGAUACGACAAAUGCAAACUUGCCUAAGUUUUGGCCCGCCUACAUGUUGRUCGAUUGGGAUCAAGAACGGGCUGGACGUGUCAAGAAGGAAAAACCCGGUGACACUAACAGCAACGAUAGUACGACGAAAACAAAAAAAGACUUGGUKCGAACGAACAGUGGUCUAUCGGCUGUAUCCGAGCUCCGUUCAAAAAAUCCCACAUUAAAAAAUGCGGAAGUYUUGUCAGACAACAACGCAACAGUAGAUGAUGGAACCGUGCAAACACUAGGAACAGAAGACCUGAAKGACUAUGCUGGGGAAGCAAAAACAGUUGGUAUAGUAGUUAUUGGGGACGAGAUUUUGAAAGGGAUGACAACCGAUACGAACACCCAAACSGCGGCCAGAAGUCUUCGGAAGGAAUGUCUAAAACUCUCGCGGGUUGUGGUUGUUUCAGACGAUGUGAACGAAAUCGCUACGGAAAUCCGUAGAUUGCGCAACGAAGUCGAUGUUGUUAUCACUUCUGGUGGAGUUGGACCAACGCACGAUGAUGUCACAAUCAAGGGYGUGGCAGAGGCUCUUGAUCGAGAGUUGGUUUACAACGAGGAGAUGGGUGACUUUUUACAGCAGAAAAUGAAUGCAAAUAGUACCUCUACCGAAAACAAGGGAUUGACUUCGGCACAAAUCAAAAUGGCGACACUUCCUUCGAAUGCAAAGCUACGAUAUUUAUCAACGGAUGAGUGGCCUGUUCUACAAUGUCGUAACAUCUUUGUCCUUCCAGGAAUUCCUGAAUUUUUUGCAAAAAAGAUUGAGAAUGUUGCGGCUUACCUAUCCUCUCAGUUGGAGAGGAGCACAGUGUACAAGAUUGUUUUGAGUGUCGAUGAGCAAUCUAUUGUUGACGUCUUGAACAAUGUGGUGGAGAAACAUCCARAAGUGAGCAUGGGUAGCUAUCCCUUCGUAAGCCAUCCCGAAUUUAAAACUGUAGUCACGCUGGAGGCUGAUUUGGUCGAUUCCUCUAUCUAUCAAGUAAACGACCAACGAAACGACAUCAAUGAAGGGCUCCCUUCAACGACAUCGAAAUCGGUCUCGUUAAUAAGCGAACGAAUGGAUGUGUCAAGGAAUUCUUUGUUUCUUGGACGCGAUGCAAUCAUUCUUCCAAAAGACGAGCGAGAUCAAAACGUCCGAUUAGCUUUGGAUGAUUUGAUUAGCGAACUUCCGAAWGGGAGCAUUCUUCGUGUUGAAAACGACGAUUUGGAUCCGUUCGUUUAAAAGCUGUAUCUACAGUACUACAAAAAAUAAAUUACAACAGAUAGA